AUGUUUGAAGAGGAUGCUGAAUCAGAGCUAAAUAAAAUUCCACUUUCUGACAACACAAUAAUUGAUGAGAGUACGGACAUUACUGGUAAAACACAGCUCCUUGUACUAGUUCGUUUUAUUAAUGAUGAAGCUAUUGUAGAAGACUUUCUGUGUUGCAAAGAGUUGCCAGAAACAAGAAAAGGACAAGAUGUAUUUGAUGUUUUGAAUUCAUAUUCAGAGUAUUGUGGAUUGAACUGGAAAAACUGUGUUGGUAUUUGUACAGAUGGUACCCCUGCAAUGACAGGAUGUCUUAAAGGUUUUGUCCCAAUCGCACAAAAACAAAAUCCAAAUAUUAUCCAUACUCAUUGUUUCGUUCAUAGAGAAGCACUAGUUGCUAAAACUCUUGGACCUGAACUAAAAUCUGCAUUGGGUAUGGUAGUGAAAAUAGUUAAUUGCAUCAAGAUGAGGCCACUUAAAUAUCGACAGUUUGCGAAACUUUGUGUGGGUAUGGAAGCAGACCAUUCCACCUUAAUCCAGCACACAGAAAUACGAUGGUUGUCAAGGGGUAAGAGAAGAGUUAUUAACCUUUUGUUUGCAAGAAAACCUGAAAGAUUUUGUAGAAUGUUUGAGUGA